UUUUGACAACUGACAACCAGUGCUACCAACUCACACAACGCCACCGUGAUUCAUGCAAUUUUCACACUUUUGGUGCAAUUACACGAAAAAACAUUGACUAUUUCAGUGGAAAACAAUCUUGUUGGUGCCGAAUUUAUCACAGACGAGAAGAAAAUGUGAUUUUUGCCCCAACGGGGCCCUAACCUCUCGCCAGGACUGCCAACCGAAAUUCAAAAAAUGGCGGAAAAUGCGGCUAAUUUCACAUUCACAUCGCAGAAUAAACCCUCGAUUUUCGAAAUAAUUGCUUCGAAAUCACUCAACGACACACUUCACCCGGCACUCCAGAAAAUCGCACUGUUUUUGGCCACAAAUUGCCCCCAAAAAUUCAACUGGUUGGGUAAAUACUACGACGAACUGUUUCUUCUAUUAAAUUGUGGGCUCCAGUAUGGCUAUUUGCGCAAUUACGACGCCACAUUUUCGGAGAAUUUCUACGGUUUGAAACGGGUCUUGGAUAAUGAUAAUCAAUUAACAAGUCACCAUCGACGCAUUUCCUUGCUUUUCUGCGUGUUUUUGCCGUAUUUCAAGCGAAAAUUGGACGAAAAAGUGGCUUUGUACCGUCUUGAAAACGCCGAUGGUUGUUUGCGUAAUAAUUUCGAAGGCCGUUUCAAAAAAUUAUUAAUUUUGUCGCACUCGACUUUCGAGAUAACAUGGGGGCUGCUCACUGUCUACAACUACAUUCAAUACAUGUCGCACCAAACCGAUGCUCAACUUCCGAUUCUCCAAUUGAUUGAUGUUAAAUUGGCGUAUCCAGAGCCACUUCCAGAGGAGCCAAGUUUCUGGUCGCUUUUAUUCAAAGGGCAUUUGGCGGAUUUAUGGCAAUUGAACGUUUUGAAAAACGCGAUUACGAGUACGUUUGAGAUUGGAGCGUUUUUCUUACAGUUUUUGCAAGCUUGGAGCACCCACCAAAAUUACAAUGUGACAGCGUUGCCAACUGUCAAACCUCCAAUGCUUGAUGGGAAGGCCCGAAACUAUCAGAAUAAGUGUCCAAUUUGUUUGCAAUUUUGGAAAAUACCGACUGUUCUUCCCGUUUCCGGGUACGUGUUUUGCUUUCCUUGCAUUUUGCGGUAUUUGAGGGAAAACCAGAAAUGUCCUGUUACAAGCCUUCCCGCCAAACCACUCGACAUUGUCAGGAUAUAUGAUAAUGAAUAAAACACAUUAUAGUUGAGAAUUUUUUAUUGAAAUAAACAUGCAAUUGUAAAAACAACAAAAA